AUGAGGAUGAUGAAGAUGUGCUUCGGCCUCCUCCUGGCCGUGCUGGUGACCACCUGCCUGUGCCGGCCCGCGGCUGAGGCACCGCCUGCGGCGGGGGCCCCCCCUCAGCACCCCCCCAGCCCGGUGCGACGUGACUGGGCCCCGGUCCUGUCCCAGAAGCAGCGGCUCCAGCCCCACAUCUUCGCAGAGCUGGGUGUCCACAAGGGCUUCGGGGACGAGGGGAUGGAGGAGCUCUACGACCACUACUACCCUGCCUGGAUGGACUUCGGCCGCCGCAGCGCCGGGGACGCUGCCUAG